AGUGGGGCAGGGGCUGGUGGAGGUGGUGGAGAGGCAGGUGGCCUGGACGAGCCCGGCGCAUCUGAGGUCUCGGCCCCUGGAACUCCUCGCCAGGGCGUGACGGUCAUCCCGAAAGGCGGAGCCCAGGUCAUAGAAAAUUGGAACUGGCCGAAAACGUUAAAGACAAGUAGGAGGAUAAGACUGCUUGGGCAGAGGUGGUGAUGGUGAUGGUGAUGGUGAUGGUUGGAGAGUUUCCAUCCUUCUGUAAGCUGUCACCAUGACCCUGACAAAAGGUUCCUUCACCUACUCCAGUGGGGAGGAAUAUCGUGGCGAGUGGAAGGAGGGCCGCAGACAUGGUUUCGGUCAACUGAUGUUUGCAGAUGGUGGCACCUACCUGGGUCAUUUUGAGAAUGGGCUUUUCAAUGGCUUCGGGGUACUGACCUUCUCAGAUGGCUCAAGGUAUGAGGGGGAGUUUGCCCAGGGCAAGUUUAAUGGCGUCGGAGUGUUCAUUCGACAUGACAACAUGACCUUUGAGGGGGAAUUUAAAAAUGGCAGAGUAGAUGGUUUUGGCCUGCUGACUUUCCCCGAUGGGUCCCACGGAAUACCCCGCAACGAAGGCCUGUUUGAGAACAACAAGCUGCUGCGGCGUGAGAAGUGUUCUGCGAUCGUUCAGCGGGCCCAGAGUGCCUCCAAGUCGGCCAGGAAUCUUACCGCCUGACGGGGCGUCGUGCACCAGCUGAGAAGUGUUGGGUAAAGCGGAUGCCCGUUACUCACUCGAGGUGAACAAAUGAACCCGAUGUGAGAGGAGGUGAGAGGACCUUGGAGCAGAAGCCUCGUGUUGUGCUCUGUCACCUGCCAGUCAGGGAUGUGACCACAGAGAAGUUCUGAGGACUCUGGCCCCAGGCCCUGCAGCGGUGGUUACCAGUUCUCUCCUUCCCUUGUCUCACUUAUUGGUGUUCUCUGUCCUGUUAUAAUACCCUGGGUUACCCAGUGCAAACCUGCCAAUGCCUUCUACUUCCUUUUCUGCCAAGUGAUGCAGAAUCUCUUCAUUCUGUUUAUAUCUGGGGCAGAUGAUUCUAGCCCCAAAUUAGGGCCAGUGCUUUGUGCUACUCUGGGGAAAUAAAAAGAUAGGGAUGGUUUAGAUAGUACAGCCAUCCUGUGAAAGUCAAGGCUAGAGCUUUUCUGUAUGUUACCCCCUCGUUCACUGCUGAUGGGCAUCACCGCUCCAGGCUGCACUUUGACCGGAUGGGUGUUUGUGUCUGCUUAUUCCCCCUGUGAAGGACUAGGUAAAGUGCUAUUUCCCUUUCCCUGACUUUAUGAGUCCUCUUCCUUACCUGAGUUCUAGCAGAUACUCCCCAUUUGUGCCUCUCAUUAGAUAUGGGACAGGAUCCCUUUAUGGGAUAGUCAAGAAAGAAACCGAUAUAAACAGUUAUCUUAAAAGUUGUAUUUCUUACUUACUCCAGGGCAAAGGGCAGACCCCUUGGGGCCAUUUCAGGCUCUAUCAUGGACUGAACUGAAUCUUUAGGGCUGACUCAGCUCCUUCCCAGUGGACCAGUAGUUUAGGUAGAAUUGGACCCAUCCUAAAACUAUGGUGAAACAAGCAUUUGGCUCUUUGAUCUGGGUCACUGUAACUCCUCCACCAUGCGCCUUGGCCAUCAGGCCUGGGGAUCAGAUCUUAGCUGAUAGGAUCCCUGCACAGUUCGUCACAGAGGCCUCCAGUUACCCUGUGAUCCAAACCUGCCCCACCCUGCCCCACCCCAAUCCCUUAUCCUCACACUGAAUGUCUCCUCAGCAGCAGAUUGUGGUGGAAAUUAUAGCCGUGUGCCUCUGUUUAUUCUCUGAAUUGUACUGUAGAAACAAGUGUUUAUGAGGAAUAAACAAAUCAC